UUCCAUGCUAACCAAAUCGCAGGAGAAGAACUCGGAAGAAGAAAUGAAGCCGCUGCAAACGCUGCUGAUGAAGUCACUCUCAGUUUGUUCUCUACCAGCUUCUGCUUCCACCCUUCAACAAAUUGCCCUCCAUCAACCAAAAGGUGUUGCAAAGGUUGUGUUGAAAAAGGGGAAGACACAAAUCUUUAAGGAUGGCAACCCAAUGGUGUACAGUGGAGCUGUUGAUAGAAUAAUCGGGCGGCCCCCUCCUAAGACUGGAGAUGUUGUUCUUGUAGCCGAUGGGACUGAGAAACCAAUUGGAUGGGGUUUGUACAACUCGGUUUCUAUGUUCUGUGUUCGGCUCAUGCAGCUUGAAGAUGAAGCUACCAGCGAUUCAUAUUGUGCACUCAAUAUGGAGAAACUGAUUGAAACAAGAAUUGAUGCAGCUGUUGAAGUGCGUAGAAGGUUGGGUCUUCCAUCAGUCCACACAAAUGCAUACCGCCUAAUCAACAGUGAGGGUGACAGAUUAUCAGGAUUGAUAAUUGACGUCUUUGGAGAUGUAGCUGUAGUAGCAUCAUCUGCUGCUUGGGUUGAGAAAUACAAAUCAGAGAUAGAGGCAUGCCUCGGGAAAAUCAAUUAUAUCAAUCAUAUAAAUUGGAGGCCAUCUGUUGAUAUUUUGAAGGAGGACGGGAUGAAUGAAUCUGAUUUAAAAGAAAUGCAUUCAUCUACAUGCCCUGAAAGAACAAAGAUUGUGGAAAAUGGAAUUGGAUACACAAUUUCACUUAAGGGCCAGAAGACAGGAUUUUAUGCAGAUCAGCGUGAGAAUCGGCAGUUUAUAUCAACAAUUUCAGAUGGUCUAAAGGUUCUUGAUCUUUGCUGCUAUAGUGGUGGUUUUGCUCUAAAUGCUGUGCGUGGAGGUGCUUUAAAUGUCACUGGUAUUGACACAUCACUGCUAGCUUUGGAGCUUGCUAAAGAAAAUGUUCUACUCAACAGCAUUGAUCCUGGAAGAAUAUCCUUUUUGAAGGAAGAUGCAACUGAAUAUAUGAAGGGUGCUCUCUUGAGAAAUGAAUCUUGGGAUAUUGUCAUCAUCGAUCCUCCUAAACUAGCACCAACAAAAAAGGUUCUACACAGUGCAUCUGGCAUGUACCGGAAUUUGAAUUCCCUUGCCAUGCAACUCACAAAAAGAGGUGGUCUUCUGAUGACCUGUUCCUGUUCUGGAGCUGUGACCCAAAGUGGGAUAUUUCUACGUAUUCUUCAGGGUGCAGCAUCUAUGGCAGGUAGGAAAAUCACUGUUCUCAGACAGUCUGGAGCAGCAUGUGAUCAUCCUAUUGAUCCAUCAUAUCCCGAAGGCGCAUACCUGACCAACAUUCUUUUGAGAGUUUCAUGAGUAAUGUAUUUAAGUGAUUUUAUUUCAUUCAUUCAAGUUUUUUUUUUCUAUUAUAUAUUUUAAUGCAACUUUGCAAAAUAUCCUCACACCAGAAUCAGUGAAAAAAUAUGCUUUCAACAUCAGUAGAAAGGAAGAAAAAAUGAUGAUAGGUUUCUCUCAGUUAUUCUCAUACUAAUUUUAUCAUUGAAAUUGAAAUGUGA